CGCUCCGGCUGAAGGAACGGCUGCAGGUGACAAAGUAAAGGAGUCUGCGGAAGGGGAUCGACUUCCAGCCAGCACAAGAGCUAAACGGGCCAGACGUCCGAACUGCCGUAUGAGUGGGCCGGAGUGGCUGUGCAAAAGUGCUGGGUAGCAGGCCGAGAGAUCGAGGGAGAGGCGUGCGUGGAUUGAGUAGGACGCUCUAUUUAGCUGGCAAACGCUGGCUUGUAAAGGAGGCGAUAACAGAAUUGUACUCCUCCUUUCUUCCUCCCCAAACUUCCUCUGAACUCGAACCUGCUCUGGAAGAACAAUGAGAUCCCUCUUCCGCUAUCCCCUUCCACUUCUCAUUCCUGUGAUGAAGUUGAUUGCUCCGUGUUGCUAACAACUGGUAUCAGAGACACCGAUCCCGUGCGCUCUGGAGUCCCACGACCAUUUCACUCGUUUCCAACGGAAGCUCGGCGCCAUGGAUCCAAGCAUGAAGCUACUCCUCGACGAACUGAAGAGUCUGAAGCACACCGUCGAGCAGCAAUUGGCGGAAUCUGAUCUGAAACACGAGGAGCGGUUCAAGCAAUUGGACGAGCACUUGGGCGCCAUCAGCCUCUGGAAGCCUCAAAUCGACGCCUGGAAGCCUCAGAUCGACGCCACCGUCGGCGAUUUGAAGAUGGAGAUCGCGGUGGUACGCAAGCACCUCGAUCGCGUGCUGCUCGAGCAAGACUCCCUCUCACCGGGUCUUCUCGUUGCGCCAGAGACGACCGCGGCUGCCUCACCUGCCGAGCAAACGGUCGUCGGCCCCAUCGGGCACCGCAGCGACGCACAUCACCGGGAGCGUGAGUUUGGGUGUGUUACCACCCUUUCUCAUCUCCCGGUCAAGGGUACGCAUGAUUCCAUCUUCUCUAAGUCACAUUUGGAUGAUUAUCCCAGUCGAUCGCAUGCUAUCCAGCAACCACGGACUCAUGACAUUACUAGCAAAUUACCUAAACUUCACUUCCCUACAUUUGACGGCACUUCACCCAAAUUAUGGAAGUCACGUUGCGAAGAUUAUUUUGAUUUGUAUAGUGUUCAUUCUGAUAUAUGGGUCAAGGUGUCCCUUAUGCAUUUCUCCGGGGCGGCUGCUCGUUGGCUGCAAUCGGUAGAGAGUCGCAUCCGUCAGUUGGAUUGGCACCAGUUCUGCCUCCUAGUGCAUGAGCGUUUUGGUAGAGAUCACCACGACAUUCUGAUCCGUCAGCUCUUUCACAUUAGGCAAACCGGAUCAGUCUCUGAAUAUGUCGAUCAGUUUUCUGAACUCAUUGAUCAGCUUAAUGCCUACGAAUCCAUUACUGAUCCCAGAUAUUACAUAAUGCGUUUUAUUGAUGGUCUUAAGGAUGAUAUUCGCUCUAUUGUUUUGAUUCAACGUCCACAAGACCUCGAUUCUGCCUUUGUGCUUGCUGCAUUGCAGGAGGAAGUUGCUGAUUCAUCACGCAAAAAGGAGUACCGCAAACAGGAAUUUCUUCUAUCCAAGCAUACUCCGAGGAGUCCACAACCUCUUCCUUUACCUCCACCUCCACACUUGCCCAGGGCUCAAGUUGGAGCUGAUGAUAGACGAACAACUGAGGCUGUUCGAACCUCGAUUGAUGACAAAAUGGCCUCAUUAAGGGCUUAUCGCAGAGCCAAAGGCUUAUGUCAUAAGUGUAGUGAACGCUGGAGUAGAGAACAUAAGUGUGCACCCACCGUACAACUUCAUGUUUUGCAAGAGGUUUGGGAUCUUUUUCAGGAUGAGGAAGUAGAAUCUGCAAGUGAACAGCCUCAGUCUAUGCAGGAGGAGCACAUUUUCAUGGCUUUAUCAGAAGCAGCAUUCACUGGUCAGGAGACUCCCCGAACAAUGAAAUUCAAUGGUCACAUUCAGAAGGAACCAUUGUUAAUUCUCAUUGAUUCAGGUAGUUCUCACUCUUUCCUUAGUGCAACUGUUGCUGCCCACCUACAAGGAAUUUCUGCUCUUUGUCCUCCUAUUAAGGUUCAUGUUGCAAAUGGGGCUCUUCUAUAUUGCACUUCUGAACUUGUGCAUGCAGAAUGGUUUAUCAAUUCAUAUCAGUUUCAUUCAACUUUAAAAAAUUUGCCCUUACCACAAUAUGAUCUUAUUUUAGGAAUGGAUUGGUUGGAGGCAUUCUCACCUAUGAAAGUUCAUUGGGGACACAAGUGGAUGUCCAUACCAUACAAUGGUCAUUCAGUGCUCUUGCAAGGAAUGGUGCCUACAUUUCCAGCAUGCUCUCUGAUCUCACUUUGCAUGAUCACUGAUCAGUCAACUCAGUCUCCUGCACCAGCAAUUCCUACCUGUAUCCAGUCUCUUUUGCAAGAGUUUGCUGCAGUGUUUGCCACACCUUCAGAACUCCCUCCUAGCCGAACCUGUGACCAUCACAUCCCUCUCAUACCUGGAGCAAGACCAUUCUCCAUCAGACAGUACAGAUAUGCACCAGCUCUAAAGGAUAAAAUUGAGAAACAAGUAUCUGAAAUGUUGCAAACUGGAGUGAUUCAGCCCAGCUAGAGUGCUUUUUCUUCCCCUGUUCU